GGUCAAGAAAAAACAACUUGCAAGAAGCACAUGUUUCACACUCAAUCCAAACGGCUCUAUAUAAAGAAAGCAAGCGAGCAAGAGGAGACUCCCGCCAACACACAAACGUGAUAUCCCGUCAUCGCACAGGUCAUACGCGCAGACACAGGUCUCUCCCUUGCCAACAACCUCUCCGCUCGCCGCCGGUGGCCAUGGAGGCGGGCUUCCUCUCGCUCUCGCCGGAGCUGCGCGACACGCUCGUCAAGGUCGCCGUGUUCGUGCUCGUCCAGGGGCUGGUCUACCUGAUCCUCCGCGACUCGUCCAACGUCUUCUCCAGGGACAGCAGGCUGAGGUCUCUGAGCUUCCGGUCGAUGCGAUCCAUGAGCGUGAGGCGCGUGCUGGCGCCGCUCUCCGACGUCCCCGUCGGCACCGACGAGCCCGCGACUUCCCCGUCGCUGUCCUCGGCGGCGUCGCGGCGCAGGGCUACCCGUGAGGAUUGAAGUCAAGUGCCGGAAGCGGUUGCUUCCGGCCAGCUAGCUAGGUAGUUUGGAAAUUCUAAAUUGCCAUGGGUUUGUUAUGGUUGAUGGAAAUGGUAUUUGAGUUCUGAAGUAAGUAGAGUAGUUGGAAUCUUGUAGAUAUAUUGAGUGACUUGAAUUGAAUUGAAUUGGAAGACUGAAUUAUUUGGUUCUUCACAACAUGUUUGCACUUUCUUCUUGUGAAUAUACUAGUUGUUGGCUUUUGCGUUUUAA